AUGUCAGGUAGGAAGAAGGCACUUCUGAAGGUGAUUAUACUCGGUGACUCCGGCGUAGGCAAGACAUCGUUGAUGAAUCAGUAUGUGAAUCGGAGAUUCAGCAAUCAAUAUAAGGCCACAAUAGGUGCGGAUUUCCUUACUAGAGAUGUACAAAUUGACGAUCGCACUGUGACAUUACAGGUAAAUUCUUAA